GGAUGCGCUUGUGAUCUCGUUGGAGGUUCUUAGCAUGACGCGUCUCUACGAACUGCAUUGCUAGAAGUAGCAGUGCUCAUAUCGAGCAGGGCAGUCAAGUGGAUCCAAUAUGGUGCUUGUGGUGCUCUUGGGCUCAUUGGCGGUCCUCUGUGGCAUCUCGGUUUCACUCAAUUAUGCAUUGAGUGAAGUGCGCCGUAGGACAGGGGUAAAAGACGAGGAGGGGGAGGUGGAGCAUUUGCACGAAAGGAACUUUGAUGGUAUCGGGGACUCCACCGAGCUAAAGCAAACCUAUCAUGCUGGGGCAACCGAGACCAUGAUUGCCUUUGGUCUCUCCCUAGCCAUGGGCACAGGACUGCUGGCCUUCCUCUACUUCACUAUCUGGCACAACGGGGGGACCCAACCGAAGCCAAAGUGCAUGCCGCCGACGUGGCAGCAGCGGAUUGCCUUCUUCGGAGACUUGACCGGGUUUUCUCACCCCAUCGCCACAGCCUCGCCCGAUGCUCAGAAGCUGUUUGACCAGGGGAUGUUGCUGUCGUGGAACUUCAACCAGUAUGAGGCGUUCCAGUCCUUCAGCAUGGCCGUCCAGCUGGACCCCACUGCUUCCAUGGCGCCCUGGGGCGUUGCCUACUCCCUGGGACCAGGCGCCAACAGGGAGGUGGUGACUGAGCCGACCUGGUUCCCCUCCUUCAGCCCGGAAGAUUUUCCGGCCUGCCUGGAAGCUGCGCAGAAGUCGCUCGCGCUGGCUCGGCAGGCCGUGGCCGACAACCGCGCAGACCCGCAGGAAAGAAUCACCACCGGACUGGAAGCUGCGCAGAAGGCCGUGGCCCACAACCACGGAGACCCGCAGCUUCUGCAGAAGGAGCUUGCUUACGCGGAAGCUCAGGUGGCCAGGUUUGAGAAUGGGACGGCGCUGCAGCCGGGGCGCAGCAAAGCGCAGCGGCGGUACUCGCAGCUUAUGGAGGGCAUCGGCGACAAAUACAACGAUGUGCACGCGUGGGCAUUGGCGGCAGAGGGGUACAUGACAAAUACACAGUGGAAUUACUACGACGGGUCCGGUCAGCUGCGGCCAGAUGCUGAGGUGGCGGGGCGCCUGAUCAGGCGCGUGCUGGAGGCUGAUGCAGGGAACGCCCUCGCACACCACCUUCACAUCCACCUGGCAGAGACCGCCAGGCAGACCAGUGUUGCGAAUCUGCCGAGCCCCAAGGUAGCAGAGGGUUCGGGCGUGGCUAUGACCUUCACAGCCGGGCCCUGGGAAGACAACUUUGGGCACCUGCUGCACAUGCCCGGCCACAUCUUCAUCAGGGUGGGGCGAUGGAAGGAUGCGGUGACUGCCAACAUUCGGGCAUACGGGGCAGACAUGGCGUAUACGGAGCAGUGCAUGGUGGCAUACGGGCCGGAGCACAACACCGACAUGCUCAUCUAUGCUGCCAACAUGGCCGGCAUGGUUGGAGUGGCGGAGGAGUAUGGGACCAAGCUCCGCUUGUACCAGGAUGUCAUGCACCCUGCUGCCUAUGGCGACUCAACUCGUGAGUGGGCGCAUCUGGUUCUAACAAAGGUGAUAUUUGGCAAGUGGGACGAUAUUCUGGACAUCAAGUCUGUGCCGGAGAAUGCGCGCGGCCAGUGUCCGAUUGGCGGGCCGCAGUAUGCGAAGGCGAUCUUUCACUAUGCGCGGUCUCUGGCGCUAGCGGCCAAGGCGGCGGCGGCAGCUGCGCGCGGAUUCGGGAGUGACAGGGAACGCCUGCUGGGACUGGCGCACGCUGAGCUGGACCUGCUCAAGGCCGCCGAGGAGAAGGUUUUGGAUGAGGAACCGACGGUUCCAGGGGAGCCGCCAGGGGUGUAUGGCUGCGACUACAAGGGUCUUACGCGAAUUGCGAUCCUGCACGCGGGCGCCAGGCUGGACCUUUUGAAGGGUGACUCAGCGGCGGCUGUGGAGAAGCUGGAGGCGGCAAAGGCGGCAGAGGACGGCAUGUCUUACAUGGAGCCGCCGCGGCUGUGGCAGCCCAUCCGCCACUGCCUGGGAUUUGUGCACCUCAACGCCACCGGAGACCAUGCCGCCGCCGACAAGGCAUACAGGGAGGAUUUGGUGGAGCUGCCGCGGAACGGCUGGUCGCUGCUGGGCCUCGGGCAGGUGCUGGCUGCCCAGGGCAGUCCGGAAGGGCAGGGGAUAUUGUCCAAUGACUUUCCCGCCGCAUGGGCCGACGCUGAUGUCACCCUUGACAGCAGCUGCCUGUCGUUUUCCAAGUUCUGAACGGCGCCUGUUCAGAUUUGCGCAAUUGCUGCACGGCCGAUAUCCUGGUCGAGUCUGGAUGGAAGUUGAACAAGGAGAGAGCGGAUUUAGGAAAGAGAGCGCAAGUGCCAGAUUAGGGAGGAAGGGCUCUGCAGAUUCUUGAAGCUGUGAGUAAAUGGCCCCGGGCAAACUUUCAUACAAACUUUGAAGUCUGCGGCUGUUAAGACGGCCAGCAAUGUGAGGCUGUUAUUACUGACAGUUUCUGCGAUUUUCUCAGUGCAAAGUGCCUCCUGGCACAUCAAAUCAGUCGGAGUUUUUGCUGCCAACUUAUGGACAUGUCCAAGGCACGUACAGUCAGGUUUGUGCAAUGAUGGGUGUCGUCUAGUCAGCUGAUCAGCAGCUCACGAGUUAGGGUCGCUUUGUUAUCUCUUCCUCGCUGCAUCUGGAUUUUAGUGCAUCUGUUCCUUUGCGGUGCGUUACUUUAUCCUGCUGAGACAGUGGAUAUAGAGCUCGCUACAGCGUACUAUCACAGUUUGCUUGAGCUGGAUUAAGGUUGACUCAAGCUUCAAGCUGUCAAUCUUGCCUUGUAUAUAUACAUGCAUGUGCAUGCGCAUGCUGGUGCGCAUGAUGAAAUGUGUAAGAAUGAGCACAGCG